AAUUCAUUCAGUUUGAAUUGAAACGAGCAAGAAAGCAGUAGUAGAAGCACGGAGUAUUGUUGCUAGAGUGCGUGCCGUGAAAACUGUGGCAUCUCCAUAACUGGAGCUAAACAUCAAAGGGGCUAAAACGAGUAUUUCGUUUGUUUGUUAUUUCUAUUAAAUAAUAAUAAAAAAAAUAUGUGAAGCACUAUUUGAUUGAAAAUGAAUAAUUAUCAAGUAAAAUAAUCUCAAAAAGGAAAGAACUAAAUUGUUCAAAGUAUUAUAACAAUUUACACCAAAGUGAUAACACGAAGUGGAGACUUGUUUGUUGACAUACUUUACUAAAGCACCAGAUACAGUUAAAGAAAAAAACGAAAAAUAAACAAAUUUUCUAUACGAAUUAUAUUCCGUAUAUAUAAUUUGCAAGAUAUUUCCAAGUAUACCAAAGAAUAUACCAGCAACAAAAUACGUCAUUACAAGGAACGCAUUAACCAAAUUGAACUUGUAUGAAACGUUCAUUGUUGUUGUAUUGGAGCUGAAAAUUUGUAUCUAAAAAUAGCAAGUUUCUUAUAAAACAAGGAUUGGCUGAAGUUAAACGCCCACGUUAAAAUACUGCAGCAGCCUUAUUUACGUUGACGUCGUCACAAAAAGUUACACCAACACAAAAAAUAAAAAUACAAGAAUACUAAGAAUAACAACAAUAACAACAACCAACAAAAUAACAAACAAAAUGCUGAUACACACUUUGCCGUUGUUGCUGUUAAUUGGCAUAAGUUUAGUGCCAACAUUCUGUCAGGGUUUCAUUAUCAAGGAAGAUGAAACAUUCUUACAGAAUCCAUACUAUCAAACACAGGAACAGAUUGAAGAUUUAUUUGCACGUUUGGAAAAAGCAUAUCCUGAAUAUGCUAAAGUACAGACUAUUGGACGUUCAUUGGAGGGACGCAACCUGAUUGUUUUGCAAAUUGGUAAAAAUGUACAAAAUCGCAAUCUGUUGACGCCAAUAGUGAAGUACAUUGGCAAUAUGCAUGGAGAUGAGACCAUUGGACGUCAAUUACUUGUAUACUUAGCGCAAUAUUUACUAUUCAAUUAUGAGACUAAUUUCGAUGUGGCAUAUUUAAUUAAUACCACCGACAUAUAUCUGAUGCCUAGUAUGAAUCCAGAUGGGUUUGCACAUUCAAAGGAGGGAAAUUGUGAAUCUCUUCCCAAAUACAUUGGACGCACUAAUGCCGCUGGCGUUGAUUUGAAUCGUGAUUUUCCUGAUCGGCUAGAAAAUGAACAAGUUAUACAAUUGCGUUCACAAACCCGUCAACCAGAAACUGCGGCAAUCAUUGAAUGGAUUGCCAGUAAGCCAUUUGUGUUAUCAGCUAAUUUUCAUGGUGGUGCCGUAGUUGCAAGUUAUCCAUAUGAUAACUCUAUUGCUCAUCAUGAAUGUUGUGAAGAGAGCCUAACUCCAGAUGAUCGCGUAUUUAAGCUGAUGGCGCAUACAUAUGCUGAUAAUCAUCCGAUUAUGCGUCAGGGCAAUAAUUGCAAUGACAGCUUCUCAGGCGGCAUAACGAAUGGAGCAAACUGGUACGAACUGAAUGGUGGCAUGCAAGAUUUUAAUUAUGCGUUCACAAAUUGCUUUGAACUUACAAUUGAGUUGAGCUGUUGCAAAUAUCCAUUGGCAUCGACACUACCAACCGAAUGGGCACGUAAUAAGCAUAGUUUGUUACAAUUGCUAAAAUUGGCUCAUAUUGGUGUCAAGGGUAUUAUAAAAGAUGCUAGCGGUUAUCCAAUACAAGAUGCUACAGUUGUAGUAUCCGGUUUAGAGGAUAAACCAAUACGUACAACUCGACGCGGUGAAUAUUGGCGUAUGUUGACACCAGGCAUUUAUAAUAUACAAGCUCAAGCAUUUGGAUAUCAAGCCAGCGUUCCUCAACAGAUUCAAAUUACUAAUGAUAACACUGAAGCUCUUCGCAUCGACUUCACAUUACUACCAACUGAAAAUAAUUAUGAUGGUGAUUUUCGUAAAAUUAAUGUGGAACAUGCAGAAUCAUUAACGAAGCAUGAAAAUGAUGGCUUCCUAACUCCAACUAAAUACGAACAUCAUAAUUUUACAGCAAUGGAAAAAUUUAUACGGAACAUCGCUGAAAGUUAUCCCACAAUAACUCGGUUGUAUUCAAUUGGUAAAAGUGUACAAGAUCGUGAUCUUUGGGUUAUGGAAAUUUUCGUAACCCCUGGAGCACAUGUACCAGGAAUACCAGAAUUUAAAUAUGUCGCCAACAUGCAUGGAAACGAAGUCAUUGGUAAAGAAAUGUUGCUCUUACUGACAAAAUAUAUCUGCGAGAACUAUUUAGUUGAUCAACGCAUAACAAAAUUGGUUAAUAGCACUCGUAUGCAUUUUCUAUACAGUAUGAACCCAGAUGGGUACGAAAUUUCAAAAGAAGGUGACAAAUCCAGUGCUAAUGGACGCUCAAAUGCAAACGAUGUUGAUCUUAAUCGCAAUUUUCCUGAUCAAUAUGGUUCUGAUAGAUAUAAUCGUGUAGCUGAACCUGAAGUUGUUGCGGUAAUGAAUUGGACACUUUCAAUACCAUUUGUAUUAUCUGCAAAUUUACAUGGCGGAUCUUUAGUAGCAAACUAUCCAUUUGAUGAUAAUGAAAAUGACUUUACAAAUACUCAAUCUCGUUCGAGGAUAUCCAGUCUUCAGCACCAUAAACUUAAUCCAACGGAAGAUAAUGAGCUCUUUAAGCAUUUGGCACUAGUUUAUUCCAAGGCACAUCCUACCAUGCACUUAGGAGAUCCUUGUCCACUUUUUAGAAAUGAGAAAUUUCCUGAAGGUAUAACAAAUGGUGCGCAAUGGUACAGUGUUACAGGUGGUAUGCAAGAUUGGAAUUAUAUACGUGCAGGAGUUUUAGAAUUAACAAUAGAAAUGGGUUGUGAUAAGUUUCCAAUGGCUGCAGAAUUACCGAAAUAUUGGGCAGAUAACCGUGAACCUCUUAUAUUAUUUAUUGAACAAAUACAAUAUGGUGUACAUGGAUUUUUAAAAAGUUCUAUUUCAACACCCGUUGUUGGAGCAUCUAUAACUUUGGAUGAUGCUAAGCAUCCGAGUUAUAGUUCUACAUAUGGCGAUUAUUGGAAAUUGGCAUUGCCAGGACGAUAUAACAUAACAGUUGUUGCUGAUGGUUAUACACCACAACGUCAAGAAAUUGAAAUUGCAAAUGACAUAAAUCGUUCAAUGCGUUUAGAUAUUUUGCUUAUGAGGAAUGAUCCUCAACAUUGGGCCUCUGCGAACGAUUACCGAAUAAUUGAAAAUGUUGUUCAUACACGUUAUCAUACUAAUCCUGAGAUACGUUCACGAUUGGCAGAAUUUGAGACCCGCAAUGGUCAGAUUGCCACAUUUGGUUACGCUGAGAGUGAAUUUGGAUUUUAUUAUAAUUCCAUAAAAUUAACUUCAGAUAUCGGUGAACCGGAAGAAAGCAAAUAUAAAAUUUUAAUUUUAAGCUCACUAUUCGAUGCAGUAUCACCUUUAGGCCGAGAAAUAACUAUGAACAUGGUGCGACACAUUAUUGAAGGAUAUAACAUUCGCGAGCCUGUAAUUCUAAACUUAUUGCAAAAGUCAAUUAUGUACUUUUUACCCACGACCGAUAAUUUUGGAAAUAUUUUUGAUAUGUAUAACCAAAAUAAUACUAUUUGCGAUCCUGUUAUUCCAAAUGAUUUAGCUGAUAGAAUAUUAAGUCCAGAAUCAGAGAAAAAACGGGACUUGUUUCUUCGAUUUUUGGAGAAUGAAAAAUUUGAUUUAAUGAUGACUUUUACCACCGGCAAUAGUGAAUUAAGUUACGUAAAAGGAGAUUCAGUUAUUAAAAAGAUGGCUCAUGAUAUUGAGAAUACCGAAUUUAGUCUAUCACCAUUGCAAUGUGCUUCUACAACGACUCGAAUGAAGCAAGGGGAGUCCACGGAACGAUUAACAAAUCUGUUUUAUAAAUUAUAUAAUAUACCAAUGUUUACAUUGGGCUUAUCGUGUUGUCGUAUGCCAGAACAAGACCAAAUUGCUAAAGUAUGGCAAGCAAAUUUGGAAAAAUUGAAUAACUUCUUCGAUUUGAUUAACACUGGUGUACUUGGUGUGGUACAAAAUGAUAAAGGUGAACCUCUACGUAAUGCCUUCGUACGAUUGAUUGAUUCGAACCAAAUGCAUAAUGUUACUAAAAAUACCGCUCGUUUUCAACUUAUACUACCAGCUGGUACUUAUGGCAUAGAAGUUGGUGCUUAUAACUUUGAAUCACAUAUAGAGAGCAUUACUAUAACAAAAGGAAAAAUAACGAAUAUGAAUAUAAUCAAACUUAAUGCAAUAACUUUGUUAACUGGUCAUAGUGAAGUACAUCAAUUGGGUAGUUUGGGUGGAGGUGUGGCAACAGUAUCUGGUUUCGUUUUAGAUGUGUCAAAUCAUCCAAUACCGAACGCCAAAAUUUCUGUAAUAGAACCGCAUACAAAACAUUAUGUACGCAAUUUUACAGAUAGUUUAGGUGCAUACAGUCUUAGUAAUGUUCCUGCGGGUUAUGAUGUAACGCUUAAAGUAGAAGCUCCACGACAUAUAGAUACUACAAGGGUAGUGCAUGUUGGUACGACAGGAGCGCCUAUACCUGGUAUAGUGUUUCGUUUAAAAGUUAAUGAACAUAUUAUGGGUAUGCCGCGUUUGCUCUUUAUAAUGAUUGCAAGUGUCCUUAUAAUUGUUUGUGUGGUUGGUUGCAUUCUUUGUGCACAAUUUAUAAUGUCGAGGCGGAGACAAAAUGGUGAUCGACGUUAUUAUAAUUUUUCAUUACUGCCGCAAAAGAGUAAAGAAUUAUUUGAAGAUGAACUUGGUGAAGAUGGUGAAACAGAGCUUUUUAGAUCGCCUAUCAGAAAAGGCAUGUCAAUUAAACCGUAUUACGAUGAGGAUAAUAUUAAACAAGUCAUCAAUACUGAUGACGAAGAUGAAUUUAAUGAUGACAGUGGCGACGAAAUAAUCAUGCUGGAUAAACGACUACAUUAACUGUGAUUUUAUUUUAAUUUAAAGUCUUUUUAUACAAUGUGUAUAUAAGUUUUAAACUAGAACAUUAAAAUAA